AUGGAUCACUUCGAGACAUCAAGGUCGGACAGAUGCGGAAGAUCAGUCCUCGUGGCCAGGCAUCCGUCCGUGAGCAACCAAGAAGGAGAGACGCUUCAAAUAGUCACAAAGGACCUCAUUCGCAAUCUCAAAGUCCCAUGUAAGGAUCCUUCUGGAGAGUCCCUCAUUCUACCAGCUGCUACGUUUGAGCAGAUCACCUCAAAAUCCUGGGGUCUCACCAAGGAGGAUCGGGAUGCGUUGAAGGCGGCUUAUCAGAAGAAGAAAGACGAGGAAAUUAUCGCUGCCGAGGAAAGGAAACGCCAAAUCUAUGAGACAGAUCUGGCCCGUAAGCAGAACCCGGCGCUGAACGAGCUGGAGAUGGAGGCCCGGGGCCGAGCGCAGCACCUGCUGGAGCGGGCCGACACCCUCAAGAUGGAGCAAGAGGAGGACAUCAAGAAGCUCAACAAGCUGAUUCUGGGCGCUCAGUGCCAAGCCACACGUGACCACCAGAUCAAGGAGAAGAAGCAGAUGCAGGCGGAGCUGACAGAGGAGGAGAAACGUCUGGAUGACAUGAUGGAAGUGGAGCGCCGCAGGGCCUUGGAGAUUGUGAAUCAGAUCGAUGAGCUGCGCAAAGAACAGAGGAUCAAGGGAAAGCAGCAAAUUUGCGGCCAGAUCGAGCACCGUCUGUUGGAGAAGGACCUGCAAGACAACAUGAAAGAACAGGAGAAAUGUCAGGUCCGAGAGAAUCAGGAGAAAAUGAACCAGGAGGACCUCAAGGCCCUGGAGAAGAAGAAGGAGGAGCUCCAUCGGCUGCAGCAGGAGAUAAUGUGCAUCAACAAUCAGACCCUGCGGGCCAAGGAGCAGAGGAGAGAAGAGGAGAAGCUGGCUGACAUGAGAGACAUGGAGUACAUCAAGAACAAACUGCAACGGGAGGCAGAACUUGAAGCGCAGCAGAAACAAAUCAAGAAAGAUAAGGAGUUGGAGAUUGCCCGGCUGAGGGCCCGUCAGGAGAAAGCUACAGGCUACAAGGCAGACCAGGAGGAGCUCCGUGUUCAGAGGAGCAAAGAAAUUAUUGACAGAGAAUGGAGGAGAAAACAGAAGGAGCUCGCUGUCAAGAAGGCGGAGGAGGACGAGAACCUGAAGACAGCUCGUGUGGAGCAGCUUCGCUGCAAAGAGCACUUCCUGUCUAUCAAGGCUGACCGAGAGAAGGCCGACUAUGAGAGGGUGCUGAAGGCGCACCAGGAGGCGAUCAUCAAACAGAAGGAAGAGGAGGAAAAGAUGCAUCAGAAGUCGCUCCGUCACUCCGAGGUCAUCAGGCAGCAGGUGAAGGAACAUGAGGUCAGAGCCGUGGCUCAGCGCAGAGAGCUCUUAAAGGAGACGGAUCAGAUGAGCGAGGCGGUCCAGCAGAGACAGAUGCGCCUUAAUGAGCUCAAAGAGAAGAAGCUCAAGGAGCUCAAGGCUACAGGGCUCCCUGACAAAUACUGCAGUGACGUGGAGAGGAAGGCCCGAGCUUUCUGA